AUGCGCUUCAACUCAGCUACAUUUUCUUUCUGUGCCGCGGCAGCCCUGUUGGGCGGCGCAUUUGCUGCUUCGAAUUAUGCCGGAUCAGCACCGGUGAGUGUCAGCGCACGGCAAAGCCUGACGCUGCGCAGCAAAUUCACAGCGUAUCGGACCUCGCGGACCGCAUCAGCUGACCAGAGCCAGCUUGACGCCAUCUUCGCCUCGCCCUUCAGAAUAGCAACAUCGACGUGCUCCUAUCGAGGUCUGGCGGUGCAAUCGCAAAGCUAGAAAUGCGUUCCUCUUCUUCAUUCGCCUCUUCCGGUGGAGGAUUCCCCUGGGGCUCAGACAAAGGAAUCGUCUCGAACACCGAAUCGCACUCUACCAGCAUCGGAGAUUCGACCAUUACGUCCAGUAGCACGUCCAAUACCUCCGACGACGACGACGACAGGUCCUCCGCUUGCAAGGACGACGGGAGCGUCAUGAAGACGGGCAACGCGGUCAUUUCCUCGUGCAACGGCAAGGAUAGCAUGACCGUUGGCGGUGUCACCAUCUCAGACACCGACAACGACGACGCUGAUGAGAAAGACAAGAAAGGUGACCAUAAGAACGACGCGUCUGCGCAGACUCAGUCCACCUUGCUAGCUCUGGUCGCCGUCGCAGUCCCCAUCAUCGCCUUUGCAUAG